AUGGAGUCCAUUCGAAUCCUCCUUGUCGGAAACGGUGGUCGGGAACAUACUCUGGCUUGGAAACUCAGUCAAUCUCCCCGAGUAGAGUCUAUCAUCGCAGUUCCAGGAAAUGGAGGAACUGCAAAUUGCCCAAAAGUUUCCAAUGAUUCCAGUGUUAAGGCUGAUGAUUAUCCUGGACUUGUUGCUUUGGCCAAGAAACAUAAUGUUAACCUGGUGGUACCAGGACCAGAAGCACCCCUCGUUGAUGGAAUCCAAGAUUAUUUCCGUGAGGCAGACAUAGCUUGUUAUGGACCAUCAAAACUUGCUGCGCGUUUGGAAGGAAGCAAAGCAUUUUCGAAAGAUUUCAUGAAGAAAUACAACAUCCCAACUGCGGCUUACGAAAACUUUACGGACUACGAAGAAGCGCGAAAAUACAUUGAUAGCGUAAACCAUAAUGUUGUCAUUAAAGCCAGUGGAUUGGCAGCUGGAAAGGGUGUUAUCAUCCCAACAUCGAAGGAGGAAGCCCACCAAGGACUAAAGGAUAUCAUGCUUGAUCGAGAAUUUGGGGCUGCUGGCGAUGAGGUUGUCAUCGAGGAAUUCUUGGAGGGUGAUGAGCUCAGCAUUCUCACUUUCUGCGAUGGUUACAACAUGUACUCUUUACCUGCUGCUCAAGAUCAUAAGAGAAUUUUCGACGGUGAUCAGGGUCCAAACACUGGAGGCAUGGGAUGCUAUGCGCCUAUUCCAAUUGCUACCCAAAAAUUAAUUGAGGAGAUCGAACGAACCGUAUUGGAGCCCACGCUCCGCGGUAUGAGAAAAGAGCGUACACCUUUCGUCGGCACUCUUUUCACUGGCUUGAUGAUAACCAAGAACGGACCAAAAACCUUGGAGUAUAACGUUCGUUUCGGUGAUCCAGAAACACAGACUUUGUUACCAUUGUUGAGUGAAGAUACCGAUCUUGCAGAAAUCAUGCUCCUCUGUACUCAAGGAUCCCUCGACGAAGCGAAGAUUAAGAUUGAUCAAAAAUUCAGUGCGACGGUUGUUGUAGCUGCUGGAGGAUACCCAGGCUCAUAUGCCAAAGGCACACCCAUGGAAGUCAGCACACCUCCGGCAGGCUCCAAUAUAUUCCAUGCUGGUACCGUGAUGAAGGAUGGUCAGUUACAAACAUCCGGCGGACGUGUCAUCGCAGCACAGGCUGUUGCAGAAACUCUCGAGCAGGCUGUGAAGGAUGCUUAUACCACUGUCGAACUCAUCAAAUUUGAUAAAAUGUUCUACCGCAAGGAUAUCGCUCAUCGGGCAUUCAGAUCUUCAUCUGCUACAAAGGAAGCACUUACAUAUGCAUCCGCAGGUGUCAGCAUUGAUGCCGGUAAUAACUUUGUCGAACGUAUUAGAAAAGCAGUUCUUUCUACCCGAAGACCAGGAGCCGAUGCUGAAAUUGGUGGUUUCGGUGGAGAGAUCGAUUUGGAAGCUGCUGGUUAUGCGGGUGCCCCAACUGUGGUUAUGUGCAUUGAUGGAAUUGGCACUAAACUUGCCAUUGCACAAGCUAUGGAGAAGCAUGACACAGUUGGUAUUGAUUUGGUCGCUAUGAAUGUAAACGAUUUGAUUGUUGCAGGUGCUGAACCACUUGGAUUCGUCGACUACUAUGGAUGCAGUCAAUUAAAGCUUAAGAAUGCAGCAGACUUCGUAGAAGGUGUUGCUAACGGAUGCAAAGACGCUAAUAGUGCACUCGUUGGUGGUGAAACUGCUGAGAUGCCUGGUAUGUACCAAGGAGAUGAUUAUGAUGCUGCAGGUUGCGCCAUGGGAGUUGUAAAGAAGGAGAACAGAUUACCAAGGACAGAUUUGAUGGCAGAAGGUGAUGUGCUUAUUGGGUUGGCAUCUGCGGGAGUUCACUCCAAUGGAUUCUCUCUCGUGCGAAAGAUCAUUGCGAGAGAGGGUCUCUCCUAUAAAGAAGACAAGUGCCCAUGGGACUCUUCCACCACCGUUGGUGAAAAUCUCCUCACACCUACUCGCAUCUACGUUCGCUCUUUGAAACCAGUGGUCCAGAAGCACUUGGUCACUGGUUUGGCUCACAUCACUGGUGGUGGCUUGACUGAAAACGUUCCUAGAAUGUUACCAUCUCAUCUAGCUGCCGAGAUCGACGUCGCUACGUGGCAAUUACCAGAUGUGUUCAAGUGGUUGAAGAACGCAGGUAAUGUUGAAGCUAGCGAGAUGGCUAGAGCAUUCAACACGGGUAUUGGAAUGGUAGCAGUGGUCAAGAAGGAGAAUGUAGAGCAGGUUGUGAGAGAAUUGCAGGAGUCGGGUGAGAAGGUUUAUACUAUUGGAAAAUUGAUCAAGAGAUCAGGUGAAGGUUGCGAGUUGAGAAAUUUGGACUCGUGGAAUUAA